AUGGCAGUGCCCCAGCUCCUCUCUGCUGCAAAAUGGUGGCUUGUGGAGCAUCCCACUGUCGCGUCGUUCGAGUGGGACGAUCGCCUGACUUGGGCGGCAUCUCCGCGCUUCCCCGCCGCCGUCGUCGCCGCAUACCUCUCUGUAACCUUCCUCCUCCGAGGCCUCCUCCUCUCCCGCUCCGGGCCACCUCUCGCCCUACGGCGGCUGGUCCGCGUCAUCUCCCCCCUCCACAACGUCUUCCUCUUCCUCCUUUCCUUCUUCAUGGCCGCCGGCUGCUGCCUGGGUACCGCCGCCCAGAUGCCUUCCCCCUCCUGGAUCUUCUGUUUCCCCCCUGGUUCCACCCAUCCGCGGGGGCCUGUCUUCUUCUGGGCCUACGUUUUCUACCUUUCCAAGAUCUACGAGUUUGUCGACACCCUUCUCAUCGUCCUGGCCUCUGACUGGCGCCGCCUCUCCUUCCUUCACGUGUACCACCACGCCGCAGUGGUGGGCGUUUGCUACCAGUGGCUUAGCGCCCGGCAGUCUCUACUCCCGGUGGGGCUCGUCACCAACGCGUCGGUCCACGUGGUGAUGUACGCGUACUACCUCUGCAGCAGUUUGGGGUGGCGAUGGUCGCCGCGGUGGAAGCGCGCCGUCACAACCUGCCAGAUCGUCCAGUUCUGCUUCAGCUUCGCGGUGUCGCUGGUGUUCUUCUGGCUCCACUUCUUCGGUGCCGGCGGAAAGGGCUGCUCCGGCGGGAUCAGGGGGUGGGCACAGAACGGCGCCUUCAACGCCUCCCUUCUCACCCUCUUCUUCAACUUCCACAGGGUCAACUACAACUCUUCCAAGCUUAAGGCCAACGGCAAGGCUCAUUAA